AUGGUGUGGCGUCAAGCAGCGAUCCGCAGCCGGGGGUCCAUGUCAGUUCUUAGCUGUUUGAGAGUCAGGUGUUUGCCUUCAGCUUUUCUCUCACGGUCUGAACCCAUAACAUCCAAAGAGGGGACCAGAGACGGACUGAACGCUGAUCUGCGUCCCAUCUCAACAUCAGACUGUCAGACACAACACGCUGAGAGAGUCUGUGAGAUCUUAACGGUGGACAGAGAAGUGACAGAGAAGCUACACACAGACUCUGAACAGCCAGAGAAGAUCCGUGUGGUUCCGAUCCACCGCCGUCCCGACCUGCUGGUUCCCUGCGCAGACCUGGUCAACUCCGAGUGGCAGAGGAGCCAGGCAGCCCGCGUUCACUCCCUGCAGAAGUCAUGCGCGGAGUUCCCCGUCUGCCUGGUUCUCCUGCAGGGCCACAGAGAGACAGAGCGGCUGCUCGGGCACGUCCGGCUGUCCCGGGUCGUAGGUCACAGCGGCAGCCUGUUUGUGGAGUCAGUGGUUGUGUCCAAGGCAGAGCGGGGGAAGGGCUACGGCCGGACUCUGAUGGAGGAGACUGAGCGCUACGCCAAAAGCCGAGGCUUCAAGCGCUUGUGUCUGACCACCCACGAUAAGCAGCACUUCUACGCCCACAUCGGCUAUGUGCUGUCGACGCCGGUGCAGAACGCAGGCUCCAUGACAGCGUUCGUUCCCAUGGAGAUGCUUCUGAGGUUCUCCAGAAUGCCGAGUGAAGACGCCCAGAAACAAACACGAACAGAGACAGAUGCUCAAGUACAUAAAGGGAACAGAGACUCAGGAGGGGUUUGUGUUGUAGGGUCACCUCCACCUACUAGUUUACCUCCUCCACCAUCACCUCCGCUUCCUUCUAUUCCUCCUCCUCCUCCUCCUCCUCCUCCUCCUCCUCCUUCAUCCAUCCCUCCACCUCCUACCUCUUCUGCAGGGCAGCCGGUGGUUCAGACUCUCACUGAAACUCCCUACAGAGACGCCAAGGGAGUUGCCAUCUAUUGGAUGCACAAAGACAUCUGA